GCUUUGAGAUGAUGCUUCAUUUGGAAUGGUCCCUUUAUUCGGCAGUUCGGAUCAAAUGACGCAUUUCUCUCAUGUCAGCACCCGUCUAUCUUUAGCACUGAUUCUUUUUUGGAGCCUUUAUAGCACUCUCGCAGGCUUUAGGACAGCGACGACCCUCGCACUGCUAUUUAUGUUUUCCGAUCCUGAGAUUGUAUAAAAUCCCCUGCGUCAGUCAUCGUUCUUCUCACUGCCCAUCUCUUCCGCAAUGAGCUCAGACGUUAUCACUCGCCAGUUGGACUCCAAGUUCUACGCACUGGAAGAGGACGAAGCUGCGUUCUUUAAAGCUCAAACUGGAAUAGAAGAUGAAGAUGCCCUCAAGCAUCACAUCUUGACAAUCCAGGAGGAAGCGUACAAGGUGCACCCUUAUUCGUGCAUCCGCCGGUUUGGCUUUGCAAAGUUGAAGAUUUCGAGGCUGCCGUACUACCAACAGCUAUUGAACCUCGGAAAAGAUCGCAAGGGGGCAGUCUAUGCCGACAUCGGAUGUUGCUUCGGCAAUGACCCCAGAAAGGCGGUCGUAGAUGGCUAUCCCGUAGAGCAAGUCAUAGCCUCCGAUUUACAUCCUGAGUUUUGGGAACUCGGACAUAGGCUCUUCAAGAGCACAGCUGAAACAUUCCCUGCACGCUUCAUCCCUGCAGACAUCUUUCAGUUGAAAGGGCUCACAAAGGAAGACGCCCCUUCCUCCAUCCCGGAACUUUCCCAGGUACAGUCUUUAGCUGAGCUGCGAGGAAACAUUUCCGCCAUUCAUACCUCGGCAUUCUUCCAUCUCUUUGAUGAAGAAGGACAGUUCGAAAUAGCAAAGAUUAUGGCGGCGCUGCUGUCAUCGGAGCCCGGGUCCAUGAUCUUUGGAUUACACAAUGGUCUGCAGGAGAAAGGAUUCCGCACCAACUUUGGCCCGAACCGUCGCAACGUGUUCUGCCACUCACCUGAGAGUUGGCGGUCGCUCUGGGAUGGCGAGAUAUACCCCAAGGGUACUGUUCACGUUGAUGCUUUCUUGCAUGAAUAUAACCAUCCUGAGACGAUCGAUUCUGGCGUCAAAUUAUACCUCCUCGUUUGGUGCAUAACGGUUUUGUGAACCAGAUCUGCUGAAUUUGUAUAAUACUGUACUAGCUAGAAGGAAAUUCGAUCUUGUGAACAACGCCCG